CCCCGUCGGUUGAGUGGGAACGUCGGGGCCGGAGCCCGCAGAGCCGCCGCCCCCCUUCCAGCACCCGCCUGCUUCCCUCCCCCCUGCUCUCCUUUCCCCUCCCGGUUCUUGCCGUUGAGGCCCCGGGGUCUGGUCAGAGAUGCCGUCGGAGAGCGGGGCUGCGAGCCCGGACGCAGCAGCGGUGGCGGCGGUUGCAGCGGUGCCCCCGGCCCUGGUCACCCCCGCGGCAGCCCCUCCCCACAAACGAGACGGGCUCAGCCCGGAGCGUUGUUCCGGCGCCCCACGACGGCGCUUCAGCCGGUUGAGCUGGACGCAGGUGCAGAGACUGGACGCCCUCCUGGGCGAGGAGGUCCCCAUCCACGGCCGGGGCAACUUCCCCACGCUGACCGUCCAGCCGCGCCAAAUCGUGCAGGUGGUCCAGAGCCGCCUGGAGCAGCUGAGGGUCCCUAUCCACAGCAUCCGCCUGAACGGCUCGGCUGCCAGCCAUGUCCUGCACCAAGACAACGGCCUGGGCUACAAGGAUGUGGAUCUCAUUUUCCGAGUGGACCUCCAAGAUGAGGCCGCCUUCCAGCUGGUGCGAGACACAGUGCUGGCCUGCCUCCUGGACCUCCUUCCGGCUGGCGUGAACCGGGCCAAGAUCACGCCGCAGACCCUGACCGAGGCCUACGUGCAGAAGCUGGUCAAAGUGUGCACGGAUGUGGACCGCUGGAGCCUCAUCUCCCUGUCCAACAACAGUGGUAAGAACGUGGAGCUUAAAUUUGUGGACCGCUUGCGGCGCCAGUUUGAGUUCAGCGUGGACUCCUUCCAAAUCAUUCUAGACUCCAUGCUUUUGUAUAGCCAGUGCUCCUCUACCCCCAUGUCUCAGGCCUUCCACCCCACGGUCAUGGGCGAGAGCCUGUAUGGGGACUUCGAUGAGGCGCUGGAGCACCUUCGGCACCGGCUGAUAGCCACCCGCAAUCCCGAGGAGAUCCGAGGCGGGGGCCUGCUCAAGUAUUGCCACCUCCUGGUUCGAGGCUUCCGGCCCUGCCCUGGCACGGAUGCCCAGGCCCUGCAGCGUUACAUGUGCUCACGCUUCUUCAUCGACUUCCCGGACUUGGGCGAGCAGAGGUGCAAACUGGAGCGCUACCUGCAGGCCCACUUUGGCGGAGGCUCGGGCCCGGCCUGCUAUGCCUGCCUGGUGACCCUGCACCGCGUGGUUAAUGAGAGCACUGUCUGCCUCAUGGGUCACGAGCGGCGACAGACGCUGGACCUCAUUGCCACGUUGGCCUUGCGGGCCCUGGCUGAGCAGGGCCUGGUGGCUGGCACCACCUUGGCCUGGCACUACCAACCCACUUCCUACCCUGGCAGUGACGGGGCCACCCCUACCCUCAACUACUAUGUGACCCCCCUUCAGCCACUGCUGGCUUGUGGCCACUCCUCUUACCCAACCUGGCUGCCUUGUAACUGAGUUGAGAGGGGUGCGGGAGUUGGGGUGGGGGGGACUCUGUCCCCAACCCCAGCAGGCUCCGGAAGUCGCACACUCUGGCCUAUUUGCUGUUGGGUUGAGGGGGGGUGUGGUUUGGGGUGUCUAAGGAGUUGGUUCUGAUCAAGCCCAGCCAGAGGGGGCAAUGGGGGUCGCAGCCUGGGGGGGUGGGGGAGUUAUUUCACAGCAUGGGGUCAGUCUAGUCCUCAGUUCUGUUAAGUCUUGUCAGACCUACCCCAAGCAGGACCCCAUCCUUCCAGCUGUGGCUCACCCCCUCCCCCCUGCAAACCAGGCUCCCUGCCCUCCAGAAGAACAAACUUGGGCUCCCCCCAAAUGUGCUUUGGGGGAAGAACAACUAGAAGCUGCUCAGAGCCAAGCCUGAGGAACAAGGGGGAAGGGUGGCAGCAGAUAUGGGGCUGACAGGUGUGUGUCUAAAACAAGGCAUGCCUAUGGGGGGUUGGGGGUGGGGGUUGAGAAAUUUCCUGUACAGGAAUCUGGCCAUGUUGGAACAAGAUCAGAUGAGGGAAUUUCUGUGUAACCUCCCCUAGGGCUACUGCUGGGUGGCCUUGAUGAGGGCCUGUCACUGCCCGAGAGUAUAUGUCAGGUAGGCCAAGACAGGCCCUGGAAAGGAAGAAUUUUGGGGGGACGGUGGGGUGUGGGGAGCCAAUGAAGAGAUUUGCCAGCUUGGCUUUUGAGAACUUGUUUAGCUAUGCAGGCUGGGCAUGCUCAGAGGGCAUGAUGCCAGCCUGGCCUGGGCAGGCUCAGCUGUGGGCCUCAAAGACCAGUGCCAAAUGUUACCCCCUGGUGCCUGCACAGAGCAACCUGGGUUUCCUCCUCCCCAAACUCUCCCCUCAAGAAAGACCUGACCUAUGGGAAACUGGCUAGAGAUCUGGCCUUAGGAAGAGAUUGGUUAUUAUUAAUAGGGUAGGACAGAGCAGGGCAGCUAGGUGCCACAAUGGAUGGAGCGCCAGGCCCUGGAGUCAGGAGGACCUGAGUUCAGAUACUAGCUGUGUGACCUUGGGCAAGUCACUUCACCCUGUUUGCCUCAGUUCCCUGAUCUAUAAAAUGAGUUGGAAAAGGAAAUGGCAAACCACAACAAUAGCUUUGCCAACCCCAUGGAGGCAUGGACACAAUUGAAAACAGUCACAGAUCGACCUCCAUUUGUGUGUAGUGCUCCUGACCUUUCCUGGGGAGGGGACUGGGGCCACCUGGCUUCCAGAGUCAGAACCCUUUUUGAUUCUUUUUAUUAUCUGGGACCGGCUAGGGUUGGGCGGGCCCCCUGAGGAUAAAGAGCCUGACUUGCCCCACCCCACCCUAGCUAUUCCAAAUCCCCCAGUGUUUAUUACUCCUCAGUUGAGUUAGCUCUUAGACAAUGAGGAUUUCCCUCUGGGAGUCAAGCCUUGCCCCUCCCAGGAGUGACUGGUGUGCUUGCCUGGGGGUGUAGAGGAAUGGUACUUUCCUAAGGGCGACUGGGGUGCCUACAACUGGUCCUUCUCUUCCUCCCUCCCCCAAGAUUUGAAUUGUUUUCUCCCAGGACUCCUAGGCCUGAGGUUUUUCCUGAAGUUGAGACUAUGAAGAUCCCGUUUUAUUAGAGGCACUAGCAGCUCCCUGACCACUGAGAGGAGAAGGGCUUGGGGGCAGGUAGGUGGCCAGAGGUCACACUUGCAGCCAAUCACACCCUGGAGGAGGGGGUGGAGCCGGGAAGGUGCUGAUUACUCUGACUAGCCCUUCCUUCCCUCUGGAGCCCACCUCCCCCACCUCUGGGUGCUAGGUGUUUUUGAGGGGGGAGGUCAUUAAGGAGGGAGGGAAUCUGGAGUCCAGGCCUGCUGAGAGCAUCCAGGAUAAUGUGCACAGCCAGGUACAGAUUGAAUUGAGGGGGACCCAGAAGGUCUCGGGUGUGGGAGGGAGAAACAGCAGGGCAACUGAAUCCAGGAACCUCUCAUUAAAUGAAAUAAAGUUUCUAUUUUCUCUA